GGUUGGGUUGAUUUGUUUCCCCUUCCACUCUUUCUUGUUUCUUCUUCAUUUCCUCUUUUUUUUUUUUUCCUUCUUCUCCAUUUCUCAAACCCUUCGCAAGAGAGCUACAUAGGGAAAAAAUUGAGCUUUUUUUUGGGGUUUAAUCUCUCAAGAAGAAUCAAAAGAAGGAAGAUCAGAUUUGAAUUUUCUUGGGUCUUAAGGGCCUUAAAGAAUCUUAGAGAUUUUGGGGGGAGGUGAAGGAGGAGGCAUGGAGGAAACAAUGGCGGCUAGGUAUUGGUGUCACAUGUGUUCACAAAUGGUGAACCCGAUAAUGGAAUCUGAGAUCAAAUGUCCCUUUUGCCAAAGCGGGUUCGUGGAAGAAAUGAGCGGUAAUGGUGUUGGUGGAGGAAGCAUAAGAGACGUUCAAGACCCAGAAACUGAUUUCGGAACAGAACAUGCAAUGUCUUUAUGGGCUCCAAUCUUGCUUGGAAUGAUGAGCAGCACUCGGAGACGAAGAAGGUUUAGGAGAGCAGAGCUUGGUGAAGAGAAUGAUGAUGAUGAUGGUGAUGAAUCAACUAAUGCUGAUGGAAAUGAUGGUAGCAACAUCAAUGUGUAUCGUCAUCACCGAGCUAGACGACACGGUGGUGAGAUUGAUUUGGACAGAGAGUUUGAAUCCAUGUUGAGGAGAAGACGAAGAAGCUCGGGGAAUAUAGCGCAGUUACUUCAAGGGAUUCGUGCAGGGAUUGCUUCUGAGUAUGAAAGCUCUGAUAAUAACAAUGGAGAGAGGGAUAGUAACAGCAAUAGAGUUAUAAUGAUCAAUCCGUUUAACCAAUCUCUCGUUGUUCAGGGAUCUUCGAAUCAGACUCAUAACCAUUCUGCAUUGACUUCACUUGGAGAUUACUUCAUUGGUCCAGGUUUAGAUCUUUUGCUUCAGCAUUUGGCUGAGAAUGAUCCUAACAGGCAAGGGACUCCACCUGCUCGCAAAGAAGCCGUUGAAGCUUUACCAACGGUCAAGAUCAUGGAACCGUUGCAAUGUUCGGUUUGUUUGGAUGAUUUUGAGAAAGGAACUGAAGCUAAAGAGAUGCCUUGUAAGCACAAGUUUCAUGUCCCCUGUAUUGUCCCCUGGCUUGAGCUUCAUAGCUCGUGUCCUGUGUGUCGUUUCGAGCUUCCUUCUGCGAAUGAUGAUGAUGAUGAGGUUAAGGUUGAAUCUGAUAGACCAGCGAGAACAAGAGCUCUUCCGGAAAGCAAUAGCAGAAGCGUUGCUGAGAAUGUGGGAAAUGCGGAGAGAGGAAGAGAGGAUGAUGCGAGGAGCGGGAAUGGAAGAAGGUUUUCGUUUCCAUGGCCAUUCAGUGGAUUAUUCUCUUCUUCUUCUUCGUCUUCUUCGUCCUCUGGUUCUUCUCGCUGAUAAAAGAAUCAGAGAACAAAACAUCCAAAAACCAAAAAUCUUGUUCUUGUUCAUGUUCUUUGUUUUGUUAAUCUCUCGAUUUUUUUUUCUCAUUUUCUAGCAUCUGAAUUUGUUUUGUUCUCUGCAUUUCAUUCUCAGCUUUUAUGUACAUAAUAAUGAUGUUCUUUCACUAAGAUUGUUGAAAAAAAAAAAAUCCAUGGAGCCUGGAGGUAUUA